GAUAGAAGUGUAGAUAUAAUCAUAUAAUAGAUUAUAUAAUGUGGUAGGAAGAUAGAUAGAGAAAUAAGUGUUUGUGGUAUCUAUGAUAAAGUGUCCAUUAUCCACUUAUCAUCAUCCUUAGAAGAAUAUAGGUUUAGCUACCCUUUUUAUUGUACAGUUUUAUGAAAUUUACCUUUUGAUUCUUAUAGUUAAAAACGUUUCAUUUAAGUUCUUAUACAUGCUAUUUUUGUUUCCUUUUAGCUCUUGCCGUCCCUUGCUGUAUGGAUUGAAAUGUAAAGAUUAUACAACUAGAGGGGUCUAAAAGCCGUAAAUCUUGAUUAUAAAAAUUAUGGAGGAAUGGAGAAAAAAAUAUGGUGAUACUGGCAAUGGCAACAUCUUCAUCCGGUCUAACAGUCAGGACAAUCACAAUGUCUUUCCACAUGUUGUGCAAACUAGAAGCAGAAGUAGUUUCUUGAACAGAAAUUCUAGAGCAAAACAAGUUGUUGAUCAUGAUCGAAUUGGUAAAGGAAAACAGCUUAACCACACUUCUGGUGCUGCCCAUUGUAAAGCUGAGAUUACAGUCAGUGAAGUGGAAACUGCCCUUGCUUAUUUGCGUACUAAGAAGGACUCAGACUCUAACUUAUUCUACGAAACAAAGAUUGUUGAAGGUCGUUUAGCAUCUCUUUUUGUGGCAGACUCUGUUGCUCAGUUGGAUUAUGCCUGCUUUGGAGAUGUGAUGGCAGUCUGUAGGAUGAAUUCAUACAAGAUGCACUUUGUCAUAUUGGCUGGCCUCAAUCAUCAUCAUCAAACAUGUAUAUUUGGAUGUGCUUUACUUCAUGAUGAGACUGUCGAGGCAUACUCAUGGUUGUUCCAAACAUUACUUCAUGUGAUGCAGGGUUGCAUGCCCAAAUCUGUUGUCACUGAUGGUCAUGAAUCUGUGUGUAAAGCUAUCAAGCAUGCGUUGCCACGAUCACGACACCGGCUAUGUGCAUGGCAUCUUGAGAAUGAUGCACAUUCCAUUGUUGAUGACCCCUCUUUCAUAUCUGACUUCAAAGUGUGCAUGUUGGAGGCUCUUUCGCUUGAUGAUUUCGAGGUUAAGUGGAAAGUGAUGGUUGGCAAGUAUAAGUUGUUUGAAAACUCAUGGAUCCAUAGCAUGUAUGAGAAACGCCAUAUGUGGGCAGAUGCUUACUUUAAGGGACAUUUCUGUGCUGGGUUGAAAAGCACAAGAUUAUGUGAAAGCAUUUAUGAAUGUUUGAGUAGGUUUGCACAACAUAAACUGAAACUGUGUCAAUUUAUUGAUCUAUUUGAUAAGGCAGUUCUUAAACUCCGGUGGAAUGAGGGGAAGGUUGAAUAUGAUGCUACUAGUGAGUCGUUUGCUCUCUCAACUCGUGUGAAAAUUGAGAAACAUGCUGCCGAGGUGUUUACAAGGGAAUCUUAUAGAAUGUUUCUUUCAGAGAUGUGGUUGGAGACACAUUUGUUUGUGUUAAACAAACAUGAUGGUUCAAACAUUCGGAAAUACAGAUUGGGAAGCUCUAAGCAUCAUAGCUUAGCAUGUGAUAUUAUGUUCAAGCCUAGUGGUCCAAGUAUUAAAUGCUCAUGCUUGAAGUUUGAGACAACAGGGUUUCCUUGCUGUCACGCUAUUCAUAUAAUCAAAUGUGAGCAAUUAGAAAAAAUUCCCCGAGAUCUCAUACACCCAAGAUGGACAAAAUCAGCAAAGUCCACUGCACAAUUUUGGCAGGGUUUCUUGCCUCCAGUGUCUAAUGAUGUUGUGACAAGAAUGAUGCGUUAUGGUAAUUUGAUGUCACAUUGUUUAGUACUAAGUUACUUGGGGUCAAAAUCAGACCAGAUAUUUAACCUUGUACACAAUAGAUUGCAAAAGUUAAUGCAUGAAAUAAAGGAGUUAUCAUUUUCCCCUCAUGCAAGCAAUAGUGGGGCACUUGGUAUACCUACUAAGGUGAAAGAUGGUGGACCUGUCUCAAGAAGUGAAAGAUCCAAAAGUGAUGAUGAUCAUUCCAGAAAUGUGGAACAGAUCAAACACAAGUAUCCUAAACUCAUCAGUGCUGGAAUUAGUGUGGCAGACAAAUGUCCCAUAGUUAUGCAAGCCACCUUGUGUAAUUCAUCUGAUAAGGCCUAAGGGUAGGGACAUUGUUACCAACUCUCAUGUAUCUCAGUGACAAGUUGAUGUUGAGAGGUGCAUCAAUCAAACAGAUGAUAGCUCAACAAUUGAUAAUGGAUCUAAUACUGUCAAUACCUAUUAGCAGGGCUAAUUCAACAUAUAAAUUUUUUCCUUUUCUGUCUCUGUUUCUAAAAAAAACUGUCAUUAAGAAGAUAUUUACUUGUACCUUAUUGCAUUUUGGCUCCUUUGAUGAGACAGUUUGGGCUAUGAAUUUUGCCUUUCCAUGGUGGUGUGUACAUUCCGAACCAUGAUAUUGCUAGACAUCGAUAUUGGCAAUUGUUGAUGUGGUGGGCCUUAGGAUCUUUUUAA